AAUUAUUUCAACUCAAGUGUCUACAGUAUACUAACAAGAGGAGAGCAUGGCCAAGCGAGUGGCGGUGAUCGGGGCAGGCGUGAGUGGCCUGUCCUCCAUCAAGUGCUGCCUGGACGAGGCCCUGGAGCCCACCUGCUUUGAACGAAGCAGUGACUUCGGGGGACUGUGGAAGUUUACUGAAGAUUCCAAAGAUGGGAUGACCAAGGUCUACAAGUCAGUAAUGACAAACAUUUGCAAGGAGAUGUCAUGUUACAGUGACUUCCCUUUCCAAGAAGAUUACCCCAAUUUCAUGAACCAAGAGAAAUUUUGGAACUAUCUCCAAGAAGUGGUUGAGCAUUUUGGCCUCCUGAAAUACAUUCGGUUUAAGACCACAGUGUGCAGCAUCACCAAACGCCCAGACUUCUCUGAAACUGGCCAGUGGGAUGUUGUCACGGAGACGGAGGGCCGGCAGGACCAAGCUGUCUUCGAUGCCAUCAUGGUUUGCACUGGAUUCUUCCUGAAUCCCAAUUUGCCUUUGGAGUCAUUUCCUGGAAUCCGUGACUUCAAAGGACAGAUCCUACACAGUCAGGAGUACAGGACCCCGGACGCCUUUCGGGGCAAACGUGUCUUACUGAUGGGUCUUGGCAACACUGGAGGGGACCUGGCGGUGGAGCUCAGCCGAACGGCAGCCCAGGUGCUCCUCAGCACAACAACCGGCACGUGGGUCAUCAGCCGCAUCUCAGACUGGGGUUACCCUAUAAGUAUGGCCACUACGAGGUGGCAGUCUUUCAUCAAGAAGACGAUGCCUGCGUGGCUCCUCAGCUGGAUGCAGGAGAGAAAGAUGAACAGAAGACUUAACCAUGAAGAUUAUGGAUUAAGUAUUGCAGAAGGAAAAACUGCAAAAUUUAUUGUGAAUGAUGAGCUUCCAGCCUGCCUCCUCUGUGGGACGGUCACUAUGAAAACCAGCGUGAAGGAUUUUACAGAAACCUCUGUUGUCUUUGAAGAUGGGACAGUCGAAGCCAACAUCGAUGCUGUGAUCUUCACUACUGGAUACCUAUGUUCUUUCCCCUUUUUUGAAGAACCUCUGAGGAGCCUUUGCACAAAGAGGGCCUUCUUACACAAGCAAGUCUUUCCCUCAGACCUGGAGAGAGCCACGCUCGCCAUCAUUGGCCAUAUCAGCCUUAGUGGGUCCAUCCUAGCAGGCACAGAGCUGCAGGCCCGGUGGGCUACAAGAGUGUUCAAAGGCCUCUGCAAGCUACCUCCACCCCAGAAAUUAAUGGCCGAGGCCAGGAAAAAGGAGCAGCUCAUUAAGAGGGCUGUGAUUAAAGAUCCCGCUCAAAGAAUGACCGACUACAUUUAUUACAUGGAUGACAUUGCCACAUGCCUUGGCUCGAAACCCAACAUCCCGUUUCUGCUCCUCACGGAUCCCAGACUCGCCUGGGAAGUUUUCUUUGGACCAUGUACCCCUUAUCAAUACCGCCUAAUGGGCCCUGGGAAAUGGAAUGGAGCCAGAAAGGCCAUCCUGACCCAGUGGGACAGGACCCUGAAACCUUUAAAAACGCGAAUCAUCCCCCGCUCCCCCAAGCCCCGUUACUUAAUAGCUUGGGGAGCACCUGUCCUCGUUGCCUCUCUUCUACUUAUCUAUAAAUCCUCACUCUUCCUUAAAUUGGUGCCAAGCAAACUGUAUGAUAAAAUCUCCCCUUACCUAGUGCUGCUGUGCAUCCCCUGAAAUCUAUGCGGUGUUGGAAGUGGGGAGCUUUUAACAGGAGGUGUCUGGGUCCUGGGAGUCUGGUCCUCACAGACAGACCAAAUGCUGGAUUCCUUAUCACAAGCAGAUUGUUGUAAAACUGAUCUGCUCCGCUUUGGUCCCCUCCUGAUGUAUUUACUUGUCCUUCCAUUCCACUCUGUACAAAGCUCUCCCCACCAUGCCCUUCGAUUGUGAAAACCGAAUAAACUUUCCUUGCAGAUUG